AUGGGAGUCAAACACAUAGAGGCGCAUGUGGACUCCAUGUUAGUAGCAGGGCAGAUCAAUGGCCAGUACGAUGCCAAAGGAGACAUGAUGGCGCUAUACCUAGACCAAGCAAAAACAUUGCUACAGAACUUCAUUUCCUACAAGGUGCACCACAUCAACCGGAGCGAGAAUAAACCAGCAGAUGCACUAAGCAAACUCGCAUCCACCAGCUUCCAGCACCUAGCCAAGGAUGUGCGCAUUGAAGUUCUAAGCAAUCCGUCAGUACCGCUAAGGCAAGUGAGCGUCAUUCAACUGGGAACGACGUCUUGGAUGACUCCGAUAAUCAUGUAUCUCCAGUCUGGAAUACUACCCGAAAACAAAGCUGAAGCAAGGAAAAUAUAG